UUGUUUGCAAUCCGCCAAAAAAGCGAGAGAAGAAGAAAAAGUAGGUAGAGUGGGACAUUUUUCACUGAAUGAAGACUUUCAGGUAGAAACAUUUUCAAAGCCCUGAUCAAAUGUCAUCUGUUUCAUGCUAUAGUCUAUGGUUUCAUUUAAAUUUGACAGAUCCUAAAGGGGUAUAUUUCAAUUACAUGUUGACACCUCGAGUAUAUUUACCGAUUUUGAAGGAUAACAGUUACUUGUGGGGCCGACUAAGAUGACUCGCUGUCUGAAAAACUAAACUCAGGGUAUACAUACGCACUGCUUUCGGUUUGCCUCGCUUUCACAAAGAGAUCGUUUACCACAGACCUCUGUUGUUGCUUUUACAUGUUGUGGAUAUGGCGGCUAAUAUCCAAGCUGACAUGGAAGCGUUUGUAAACCACUGGAUAGUCGACUACUAUUCAGUCCUUGCCAUAGAGCUGUUUAAAACCAAGAAAUACGAGGACUUCUGCGGGAUUGUAGCUAUACUUGACGGUAUCUUGACCCGUCCUGUUUACUCUUCCGAUGUCACGCCAACAAAGAUACGAGUAUUGCACUUUCUCGCCCGGAUAAAUGAAGGGGAACAUCUUGAUGUGGUAUUCGAGCAGGACCCGUCAGUAUCUCCUCUGGAAUCGGCCUUAAAGGUGCUGGAAAGUAUGGCGAAGGACUGCAGUACACCAUUGCCAGAGAGGGAUUUUGAUCAUGCAAGCGCUUCAGUUAAAGAGAUGAUGGUGAGCUUGUUUAUCAAAAACGAUGAGUUUGACAAGGCAAAGGAGGUGCUCAACAAACACUUUCCUAAACCAAGGGUGGGCAAGAAAGCUAUAUUCACUCGGCUGAUCAAUAAGAAGAGCAAAACGCAUGAAGUCAUCGAGCACAUCGACUUCCAGAGUUUUAGGGAGGAGAUGUUUGACUACUGCCAGAGUCUCUUCAGCGACGUUCCCUUUCUCCUCAGGGCUGCAACACGGAUUAUUGAAGAGAAAAGGCUCAGGGAUCAAGUAGCGAAGGCAGCUGGGCCUGAUGAGCAAGAAGCAGCAGGCCCGUCCUCUGCUCCACAAAUAUGCAGCGUCCAUUUUACUCCAGGUAAACAUACAAUACUCCAGAGGACCAGACUGGAGGCAGCCUUCAAGGCGUUGUCUACAUGUUCAGAUGACAAAACAUUUGCUCAGCUGGCGGCAGAAGAGGAGGAAGAAGUGGAGGAAGAACACCAGGCAAGAAAUGAUCUUUCCCUGCGCCUCUCACCCUCUCCGGACCCGGAGCAGGACGUGAUAUUUCAGGGAGAUUCGGGCAGCCCCAUGGAGGCUUCCCCAACAGACCAAACAGAUGUUGUUCCUAAAGCACAGGCAGAAUGGCUCUCAAAGACAUCCUCAGUGCCGAGAAACAAGCGUCUUUGGACUGUGGCACGACUGGUGGUGGAGCCGGACAGCCAGGGCAGCCAGAGCAGCUCACCGGCUUCACAGGAAGUGGAGGAGACAGAAGUCAGAACAGAGGAGCCUCCACAGCCCCCGGCUGCACCCGAUAAAUCAGCAGAGCUGAGCGUGGUAACGGUUGAUGAGGAUAGCCUGCCUGUGCGGAAGCGACGCAGACGAGAAAGCAACAUCUGCAGCAGAAAGUCAGAACCGUUAUCAUCAGACAGUAAUGAGGAACCACAGGAGUCGCCCGCUCCCUGCAAAGCCCCAGUGCGGAAACCUCUAACAAAAGAGGCCAGAAUUCUUCUCCGCAGGGUUCCAGAUGAAGUCCAUAUCCGAGAUUCUUCAUUGGACAGCUCACCAGAACUGUACCCUACUCACCCUGUCCCUCAGAAAAGCUCUACUCCUAACAAGGACUCUGCUCGGGAAAAAGGUCCUGCACACUCAAAAUGGAAAGUGCUGUACACUAACGCAAAGGAGAGUAGGGAUACAUGGAGCGAUGAAGAGACAUAUUUCAGCGCCAAAAAUAAUACAGGAUCGAAGAAUCAAAGCGUAAAUCAGGCACCUCCAGGCCACGCAAAGAUGAAGUGGAAUGAAGAGGAGACGCAAAUGUUAAUAGAUGGGGUCAAAAGAUUUGGAGAAGGCAACUGGAGUAAGAUAAAAUCGCAUUUCUCCUUCAAAGAAAGGUCAAAUGUCAGCCUGAAGGACCGAUGGAGAACAAUGAAGAACUCAAAAAUAGUUUGAGUAUGUAAUCCUGUCUCCAGAAUGGAAUCAUGUUUAAAGAUACGGUUAUAGAAUUCAUAGUUCAAUAAAUGUUUAGAUUUUAAUUUUAAGAUUGGUUUUUGUAGUAAAAAAAAUAAAACUGCAAUGGUGAUUGAUACGCAUUUUCACUGCAGGCUUCUAUACAGUCGCACGCUCAACAAGACAAAUGAAUACAAAUAUGGAUUUAUUUGAAAGAGGACAUUUACAAAAGAAACAAAUAUUCUCUCUUGAUCAGGAGCCUCUAUGACUAGCUAAUUCUGUGGAUAGCAGGUUUUCAUGUCAGUCCGUAGGCUGCGUUUGAAAUAUGGAGGAGUUGAGAUAUCGGCUAUUAAAGUGCCAUUGAACCAGGCCUUAAUAUCCAACCACUCAGUUAAGAAAACAUAUUCUUGGGGAGAAUAUUAGUAGAGGUGACUGCGUGUAAAAUGACAAAGAAAAAGGGCAUUCGACAGUUCAGCUGUUGCUUCUUUAUGUUAACGUGUCUUCAUUCCUGAUGAACUCUCCUACGUCGGCCUGGUGGAACACUACGAUGGACAUGGGAUCCACUCGCCGACACUCCUGGGUAGUUUUGGCUGCCACUCCAAAACCCUGAGAAAUAAAGACGCAUUACUGGUUAGGAAAUCCUCUCUUUGAACAAUGGCAAAGUCUGUCGUAUGAUGCCAAGUUGAGCUGCUCUAGCUAAUAUGUAUUCUGAACAUUUAGUAUGUGUGGUAAUAUAAGAUUCAGGAGUGAGGUGUUGAGGGGAAGACAUUAAACUGAUGGCAGCACCUUUGAUAUUGCAGUGGUUUGAAAUGUGAAUUUUCAGCACAAGUGGCCCCAGCUAUAAGCCCUCAAUACUGUAAAUGGCUUUCUGUGAGAAUCACUAAAUGACCUCAUCCUA